AUGUACUUGAUUUGUUGCACUAUUCCUCGUCAACGGUUUAUUCAUUACUCACUGUCAAGUCUUUCCAUUGAGUCUUCCUCUCAUUUGCAGUACCUUGAUCUUUCAGGGAAUUAUCUUGUUGGAACCAUUCCUCAUCAACUUGGAAGCCUUUCAAGUUUACAAGAGCUUAAUCUUAGAUACAAUUACAGACUCAAAUUUGAUGAUAAAAAUAAUCAUGUUGGAGGUCAGUGGCUUUCUAAUCUCACUCUUUUAACCCAUCUUGACUUGAGUGACAUAUUCAAUCUCAAUUCUUCUCAUCUCUGGAUGCAAAUGAUUGCUAAGCUUCCUAGCAUACAAGAAUUGAAGCUAUCUUCUUGUGACCUUUCCGAUCUUUACCUCCAUUCUCUGUCCCAUUCACGGUUCAACUUUUCUACUUCUCUUGCAAUCCUUGACCUUUCAUUCAAUACCUUUUCAUCUUCCAAAAUAUUUGAAUGGGUGUUUAAUGCCACCUCCAACUUAAUUGACCUUGAUCUUAGUGAUAACAAAUUCAAUGACACCAUUCCAUAUGAUUUUGGCAACAUACAAAACCCUCUUCAACGUCUCGACUUGUUCGGAAAUGAACUACAAGGUGGAGUUCCAGAAUCUAUUAGACAUAUAUGUACGUUAAAAUCAUUGCAUCUUGAUGGUAACAACUUGAAUGAAGACAUUUCAACCAUUCUACACAAAUUGUCUGGUUGUGCAAGAUACUCACUGCAAUAUUUGGGUUUAAGUUUCAACCAAAUUACUGGAAAAUUGUCUGAUUUUUCAAUAUUCCCAACUCUAAUAUCACUUGACCUUUCAAAUAAUAUGUUAAGAGGGAGGAUUCCAGAUGGAUUUCCAAAAUCGUUGGAGUCUUUGUCAUUUGAAUCAAAUUCUUUAGAAGGCGGAAUUCCAAAAUCAUUUGGAAACCUAUGUUCAUUAAGAUGGCUAUAUUUGUCAGAAAACAAGCUGAGUGAAGAUCUUUCAGUGAUACUUCAUAACUUAUCUUUUGGGUGUGCAAAAGAUUCACUUCAAGAAUUACACUUGGAUAGCAACCAAAUUACUGGCACGGUACCUGACAUGUCAAUGUUCUCAUCUUUAGGAACUCUCGACCUAUCCAACAAUUCAUUAAGGAGGAUACUAAAAGUUUCAACAUUCCCCUAUCAUUUAGAAAAUCUAUACUUGGAUUUUAAUGAUUUGGAAGGUGUGAUCACAGACUCUCAAUUUGGAAACAUGUCCAUGUUAAAGGAAUUAUACUUGAGUGAAAACUCAUUGUCUCUCAUAUUCCGUGAAAAUUGGGUGCCAGCUUUUCAAUUGAAUACCAUUGGGUUAAGGUCAUGUAUGUUAGGGCCUAGUUUUCCAAAAUGGUUGCAGAGUCAAAAACUUCUUCAACGGAUAGACAUUUCUAAUGCUAAAAUUUCAGAUGCAGUUCCAGUAUGGUUUUGGACUCAAACAAAAAAUUUAAAUUUCAUGAAUAUUUCAUACAAUAAUCUGUUUGGCACAAUUCCAAAUUUGCCCAUAAGAUUUUAUGAAGGUUCUGAAGUAUUUAUGGAUUCAAAUCAAUUUGAAGGUUCAAUCCCCCUGUUUUUGCAAAGUGCAACAUUUCUACGGCUGUCCAAGAACAAAUUUUCCGAAACUCGUUUAUUUUUAUGUUCUAACAAUUCAAUUGAUAGAUUGCGCCAAUUGGAUAUAUCAAAGAAUCAACUAUCCAAGCAGCUCCAUGAUUGUUGGAGUCAUUUGAAAUCAUUGGAAUUUCUAGAUUUGAGUGACAAUGCUUUGUCUGGUGAAGUACCAUCCUCAUUGGGAUCUUUACUUGCACUUAAGGUGUUGAUAUUGCGUAACAAUACCUUCAUUGGGAAGUUGCCUGUCUCCUUGAUAAAUUGCACAGGACUGAUCAUGCUUGAUGUUGGAGAUAAUAGAUUCUCCGGACCAAUUCCGUAUUGGUUAGGACAACAAUUGGAAAUGUUAAGCUUACGAAGGAAUCAAUUUUAUGGAAAUCUUCCGCGGAGUCUUUGUUACUUAACAAAUAUUCAGUUGUUGGACCUUGUAAGAAAAAAUAGAGGGUGA